CGCAUAAUACAUAUCAUCUUUUGCUUACCCUUUCAGCUCGGGCGGCGUGGGGAAGGAAAUCUAUCCUUCAUCUUCUUUCCCCCGCCACACGACACCAGGGCUGCCCCACAGCAAAACGACAAAGCAAAAGUAAGUUUGAAACGACGAUAAUCAACCAACAAUCAUGACUUAUAAUGCGCAUCUAUUCCAGCUUUUGGAAAUAAAUGUCAUUUCUGCUCAGGAUUUGGCUACUGUAUCCAAAUCUAUGCGUACAUACGCUGUCGUUUGGGUUCACCCUGAAAGAAAAUUAACCACCAGAAUUGAUCAGAACGGCCAUACCAACCCUCAAUGGAAUGAGAAGUUCGUGUUUCGUGUUGAUGAUGCUUUCUUGGAUUCUGAAACUUCUGCUAUUAUGAUCGAAAUUUAUGCUGCUGCUUGGCUUCGUGAUGUUCAAAUCGGCUCUGUUAGAGUUCUUGUCAGCAAUUUGUUUCCUUCUAAUAACAAUAACUCAAAAAUGCGAUUCGUCGCUCUUCAAAUCCGCCGUCCGUCCGGCCGGCCGCAAGGGAUUUUGAACAUGGGCGUGCAGUUGUUAGAUAAUACUAUGCGGAGCAUGCCUUUGUAUACUGAGCUUAGCGCUUCUGCUGUUGGGUUUAAUGAUCUUAUUGAUGCCAAAACGAAUACCAAACAGACCAUUGAAGAAAAGACAUCGAAAUUACGUCGAACACAAAGUGAUCAUACAGAUUUCACCACCAACGCCGAUGAAUUUGGCGUAAAAGGAAGUCAUACAGCCAAAUCUUCCGUCAUAAACGGCUCGUUGGUUAACUCAUCGGCGGUGAUUCAUACAAAUAACAAAGAUAAAGAUGCUAGCACAGGUAGUCAUGGAAAUGGUAGCAUGGUGAACGGUUCACUUUGCUCCGAUGUAGGACCGUCAGCGUCUGUUGUAGCGGCAGCAAUUGCAAAAGGAUUGAUAAAAACGCCGGCAAAUGCAGGUCCUCCGACGAAAAGCAGAGGAAGCUCAAUAUUAGAAGAUUGGACGGACAAUGAUAGUGUGGAAGGAUUAAGAACAAAGCUAGAGAGAUGGAGAACGGAACUGCCGCCGAUAUACGAUAACGAUAAACAGAAAAUGAUGUCAAAAAGUAGACGGAAACAGCAACAGAGACGACGGUCGGAGCAUCCAGGAUUGUUUACCUGUUUCGGUAACAUUUUUGGAUGUGAAAUUUCAAUCACCUGUGGAGGAGGUAGCAGCAGAAAGAAGUAUGGUAAUGGCAAGGUUUGUCACUUAAGUUCUGUUGAAGGUGAAUCAUACUUGUGAUAGACAUAAAAUAACAAUGGAUAAAAAAUAGUAAAAGCAUCCAUUUUUGUUGAGCAACAUCCAGAAGAAGAGAAGAUUUGAGCAGAACAGAGGAAAUCCAUUAACGAAGAAAAUUGCAGAACUGGAUGCUUAGAUUAAAGGAGAGGCAUUUUUCUCGGAUUCAUGGUGGAAUUUUUAUAGUGCAUAUAUGUAUAUAUAUAAAUACACAUAUGCACGGUGACUGCAAAAGCUGGGUGUAGAAAUCAGAGGGAUGUGCAUUGUAAGGGAUGAUAGGAACAUUAUCAGAGUUUUUCUUCUUUUUUCCUUUUUCUCUUUUUGGUUUAUUUUCCAUUUUAAAUUUUAUCUACAUUAAUUCUUAACAGUGAAGAUGAGAUUGAAUGGUAUGGGCUAAUCUAUGUUUUGUAUAUUAUAAAUUCCAAUUUCCUUUUUGAA